AUGAAAGUUUUACUAGGAUUGUUGCUAUUGCUGGCGCGAUUUUGCUAUGGUUUGCAACUAGAUCUUGAUAAUCUGGAUUCAUUAAAGGCUGCAACCGGCUUGGUUGCAGAUGGUUUAAUGGACUACUAUUCCGGAAAGAAGCCCGGAGGAACAGUUGGUAUGUUCACCAAUCCCUAUUACUGGUGGCAGGCUGGUGCAGCGUGGGGAUCAAUUCUUGAUUUUGGCUUUUACAUGGAAAAUAACACUUAUGAGGCUGAAAUGGUGGAGGCAUUGCUGGCUCAAGUCGGUGACAGAAAAGACUACGUUCCUUUUGAGCAGGCGACUUCGCUUGGUAACGAUGACCAGGCAUUUUGGGCAUUAGCUGCUAUGGCUGCCGCAGAAAGGAAUGUAACUAAUCCUCCUGAGGAUCAGCCACAAUGGCUGGCCUUGGCACAAGCUGUUUUUAACACAAUGGCUUCGCGAUGGGACGAUUCUACAUGUGGUGGUGGUUUGAGAUGGCAGAUUUUCAAGUUUAAUGAUGGUUACGACUACAAAAACUCUGUUUCAAACGGUGCUUUGUUCCACAUUGCAUCCAGAUUGGCUCGUUACACUGGUAAUAACACGUAUGCUGACUGGGCGGAAAAGACUUUUGAUUGGAUGCAUGAAGUUGGUUUCAUUGCGGAUGUUAAUGGUUGGCAUUUCGUUUAUGAUGGUGCAUCUGCUGACGAUGAUUGCAAAAAUAUAGCUAAGUUGCAAUGGACCUACAACCAAGGUCUAAUACUUGCUGGAUGUGCAUACCUUUACAACUAUACCGGCUCCGAUAUAUGGCAUCAGAGAACGCAGGACUUUUUAAAAUCUUCAAUUGUGUUCUUCAACGAUAAAGACGUUUUAUUUGAAGCUGCUUGCCAAGGUGUCGCUUCAGGUGGUGCGAACACUUGUAAUGUUGACCAAAGGUCAUUCAAGGCAUACUUUUCAAGGUUCCUCGGGUUGACUGCGCAAUUAGUCCCUGAAUCAAGAACACAAAUCAUGAAGUGGCUACGUGCCAGUGCUCUCGGAGCUGCCUCGUCUUGCUCAGGCGGUUAUGACGGACAUACUUGUGGAAUGAAUUGGUUCCUUGGCAAAUGGGAUGGUGUCUUCGGUCUAGGAGAACAGAUGGCAGCAUUAGAGGUUUUCCAAAACCUUCGCUGUUUAGAUAGACCUGCACCGUAUACUGCUGCUGACGGUGGUUCAAGUAUUGGUGAUCCUGCAGCUGGUACUACACCAACCAAAUUCAGUGCACCUCCAUUAAAUCUAAAGGCAGGUGAUAAAGCAGGUGCUGCAAUUCUCACAGCCGUGCUUGGGAUAUCCAUAGUGUCAUGCGCCAUCUGGUUGUUCAUCUAA